GGCUUCGGAUCCUUGAGAACUUCGGAGCCGCCGCAGCCACCCCGCGGGCCAGGCAGCGGGCAGCCAGCGGAAAGAGGGUUACCCGGCCGGAGCCCAUGUCUGCCGCGCUCCCUCUGCAGUAUGGAGACGUUGGAGGCGCAACUCUUAGCUCCGGACUGCCUUCCUUCAGACCAGGCCUCGGCUCCAGCCCGUCUCUCUCCUCAUGUUUCCCUGAUGGAUAAAAAUGCCGACCCCGAACUGAUGCCCCCGCCACCCGAUGGGGAUGAGCCACCCCGGAUGUCCCCGGUUCCUGUGGCUGGCUCAGCUGUGUCCCAGGAGCUGGGGGAAGGGGACCCAGCUACUCUCUCCACACCCCUGGAAACAGAGUGUGGUGCUCCUAGUGAGUUGAGUCCUCGAAUCGAGGAGCAAGAACUUUCUGAAAAUGCAAGCCUUCCUGCAGGAGAGACGAACGGGCCAGAGUUGGGGUCUGGAGAAGCCAUGGAAGGUGUGUCUGAGGAAGUCGCUCCAGAGGAUGAGGGAGACACCACUUGGAACUACAGCUUUUCCCAACUACCUCGAUUUCUCAGUGGUUCCUGGUCAGAGUUCAGCACCCAACCUGAGAACUUCUUGAAAGGCUGUAAGUGGGCCCCCGAUGGUUCCUGCAUCUUGACUAAUAGUGCUGAUAACAUCCUGCGGAUCUAUAACCUGCCCCAAGAGCUAUACAGUGAAGAGGAGCAGGUAGAAUAUGCAGAAAUGGUCCCUGUCCUUCGAAUGGUGGAGGGUGAUACCAUCUAUGAUUACUGCUGGUAUUCCCUGAUGUCCUCAACACAGCCAGACACUUCCUAUGUCCAUGUCUCUCUCAGUGUGGCCAGCAGCAGCCGGGAGAACCCAAUUCACAUCUGGGAUGCAUUCACUGGAGAGCUCCGGGCCUCCUUUCGCUCCUACAACCACCUGGAUGAGCUGACGGCAGCCCAUUCGCUCUGCUUCUCCCCGGAUGGCUCCCAGCUCUUUUGCGGCUUCAACCGGACUGUGCGUGUCUUUUCCACGUCCCGGCCCGGCCGAGACUGUGAGGUCCGAGCCACGUUUGCAAAAAAGCAGGGCCAGAGUGGCAUCAUCUCCUGCAUAGCCUUCAGCCCAGCCCAGCCUCUCUAUGCCUGUGGCUCCUAUGGCUGCUCCCUGGGUCUGUAUGCCUGGGAUGAUGGCUCCCUUCUCGCCUUGCUGGGAGGGCACCAAGGGGGCAUCACUCACCUCUGCUUUCAUCCCGAUGGCAACCGCUUCUUCUCUGGAGCCCGCAAGGAUGCCGAGCUUCUGUGCUGGGAUCUCCGGCAGCCUGGUCAUCCACUGUGGUCCCUGAGUCGAGAGGUGACCACCAAUCAGCGCAUUUACUUCGAUCUGGACCCGACUGGCCAGUUUCUAGUGAGUGGCAGCACUAGCGGGGCCGUCUCUGUGUGGGACACCAGCGGGGCUGGGGACGAUGGGAAGCUGGAGCCAGUGCUGAGCUUUCUGCCCCAGAAGGACUGCACCAACGGAGUGAGCCUGCACCCUAGCCUGCCUCUGCUGGCCACUGCCUCCGGUCAGCGUGUGUUUCCAGAGCCCACAGAGAGUGGGGAUGAAGAGGAGCAGGAGCUGGACCUUCCCCUGCUCUCCAUGCGUCAUGUCCACCUUGAAUGUCGCCUUCAGCUGUGGUGGUGUGGGGGGGGCCCAGACGCCAGUGUCACUGGUGAUCACCAGGGCGAGGAGGGACAAGGAGGGGCCGGGGGCGGUGGGGAUGGGCUUAUAUAAAGAGGUUUUAUAUGAUA